CGGAGGGUGGGCGGAGAGCAAGGUUCGCCUCGUUCGACUCCGAGAGCCACGUGCACCCUUCCAAGUCAACCACCCACUCACCACCCACCGAGAUACUACACAACACGCAUUGUCGCAAAACGACGGACGAGCAGAGUACAUAGAAGGAACAGCAACACUCCCUGAAGAAAAGCCCGCCUUAGCGCGAAACCAUCCUCAGCCACAGUCGACCAACCUUGAGAAAGAGAUAGUGAAGAGAUUCAAGACCAAACAAACAAACAGAUUGAACCUGCCCAAGAUGAUGAGUGCCGACUCGAACCUGAUGCAGGAUGAAGAGUCAAACGAAACGGCAUUCACAAGGAAAUACCGAGAGUUGGAGAAAGCUUAUCAAUACCAACUGGAUAGAUUGACACCCUACACUACUUACAGAUGGUUGACGACUACCGGACUGAUCUUCAUCUUCAUGCUCAGGAUCCUCCUGUCGCAAGGAUGGUACAUCGUCACAUAUGCUCUGGGGAUCUACCUGUUGAAUCUAUUCCUAUCGUUCCUACAGCCUAAAUUUGAUCCCUCGAUCGAGCAGGAUGCGGCGGAGAAUGAGGUCGAGGAGGGCGGGCCAGGAAGCACGAGCAAUCUGAUGGGAGGACAGAACAUGGAUGGCGACGAGUUCAAGCCGUUCAUCCGACGCUUGCCCGAAUUCAAAUUCUGGCAUUCGGCCACCAGAGCGACGAUCUUUUCAUUGGUUGCCACCUGCUUCGAAUUCACAGAUGUCCCAGUCUUUUGGCCCAUCCUGUUGGUCUACUUCCUAGUCCUGUUUUCGAUCACCAUGCGGCGCCAGAUCGCACACAUGAGGAGAUACAAAUACGUCCCCUGGGAUUAUAUGCGGAAGGCUCGAUACACCGGCUCGAAAUAAUCCUCCGACACGCCUGGCCUUCUUCAUCUUUUUUUUUUUGUGUGUGUGUAGUGUGUUGUUGUGGGAGUCCCUUCCGAGAAAACAAAAAGAAGAUCUCCGGAUGGGUUUCUUUUUUGAAUCAGGAAGAUAUUGUUGCUUGUUUUAAUACUGCAGAGUGGGGGCGCUUGUCUGGGUUGUGUGGAUGACGAUGUCGACCCAUGAUUCUUCUGGUUACAUGGAGGGAGAACUAGACGGAUGAACGGUGUUAUGCUGGAUGGUGGAAUGAUUUCAACAACUUCGGAACCAGCCCUUCCUCCAUUUCGUCCAUUCACUCCAACCUCUCUCAUCCUCCUCUCUCUUUCAUUCAUCCUUCUCCUCUUCAUCCUCCAAGCAUAUGUUUUCCCCAAAAACUUAUAUUCAUCCUUCACUUACCUCAUCCUUGCCUCCCAUAUCCCUCACUUUUUUUCUAGUUUUGUCUUUCUUAGAAAUAAAUGAUUCAUUCAAAAGAAACAUUUGGCCCCAUUCAUUUA